AUGCUGCAGCAGCUCAGGGUGAUUAAAUAUAUCAAAAUAAUCAUUGAUGAGAUCGCUCUCGCGGUGUCCUGGACGAUGGACACGGUGUGGUACAGGUUUGAAGUAGCCCGGCCGGCGAGGAAGGAGACCAGCUCCAGUCCUCAAUCACUCCCAGUCCAGUCCAGUCCUAAGUCACUUCCAGUCCAACUCAGUCCUCAGUCACGUCCUGUCCUGCCACCUUCACCUCAAUUUAGUAAUUCUGUUUCUGGAGGCUUGUUAGUGGUAGAAUUUCUCGGAGAUGAGGAUUGUGGAGAGCUGAACUGCGCAAGUAUUGUGGCAAUUUUUCCUCCUCCUGGCGAACUGCCACCACAGCUGGAUGCGGGGGAUGACAUCUCACCAGAGAUCCCAAAGAUAAUAUCAGGAAAAGCCCUUUCGUUUUCGAUAUCUGCUGAAGAGAGAAAUAAACAAAGACCAAAGAAAACCAAUUGGCUUAUCUUAAGAAGGAGCUUAAAAGUAAUCGGUAAAGAAUACUGCACACAAUCGUCAAUAUGCGGACUCAAACAUCUGGUCAACGAGAACACACCAUAUAUUGAAAGAUUAAAUGAAGUCCCCAAUAAGAAAUACAACGAAAGACAAAUGAUGUCAUUGCUGUUCGGACUCGGGAAGCUGUAUAACCCACAGACGAUGAAUAAUUAUACGGCGAAGGAAACGCACGACGCUCUGGGUCAUUAUCAUGUCAAUGAUCUCAUGAAGAGUUUACAAUUCUCUGAUGCUUACGAUUUUCCGGAUUCACCGAGUGGAAGUUUUGCAAUGCAGAUGAUAAAUCCUAAUGUACAGAUGACAGUAUCGAUAACGGCUAGUUUCACAGAAGCUUCUAGAGACAUCCAACAUGUUCCUGUUGAAUUAAGGAAUUGUUUGUUUUACGACGAGUCUUCGUACCUACCGUUCUACACAUAUAGCGAUUGUAUGCUCAAAUGCCGGAUGCUGUUUCUACUGGAGAAGUGCAACUGUACACCUUUCAAUGUACCCAAAUUGGCUAAAUCGCGGACCUGCGAUUUAACAGACGUGUCUUGCUUAGACAAGUAUUAUGUGAGGCCUCACAAGAAAAACCCACCCGCCGAGUUGGAAUUGGAUUUAGUAAAUGGGGGAUUAGACUGUCCGAUGUGCUAUCCCACCUGUUCUAAAACUUUAUACAACUUCUACUUCUACAAUGUCAAGAUAUAUCCUGAAAUACUUAAUAACGACCCCGAUCCUGAAAGGGAUGAUUGGCUGUAAGUAUAGGGGUCUUAUUCUCUGAUUUUAUAGUUCAUCGCAAUCCUUUUCAAUAUCACAUUUGAAAGAUAUUCAUUAAAUUCUUGCUACAACUAUUUAAUACUAAUAAACUAUAUUUGCAUUUCCAACUACACAUUCUAAUUUAUAACAGUUUAAGAUUAAAUAUAAUUUAACAUGCGAUGUUUUUUAAAGAUAGCGUUAAAGUAACGUUAAUUGGAAUUGUAUAAGGCAAGCGUUAGAAAUGCUAUCUGCAAUUUUUCGACAGAUUUCGGAAACUUUUUAUUGUUUCUUGAUAACUAA